AUGAUCACUAAUAAUGUAAUCAAGAUAGAUUAACCAAUACAUAUACCAUAAUAAAAAAAUACCAUCAUUCCUAAAAAUCAUCUGAAUACUUUAUUCCUAACUUUUCUAUUAAACAAGAGAUCAAUAUACUUCUAUUCUUAGAACUCUGCUCCUAAUUCUAAGGAAUCUCCUUAUUCUAUAAAAAUAGAAAUUGAAAAUCGCUUCAUGAAUCUAUAGUAACAGAAGAUUAAAUUGGUUGUUAUCAAAAGAUAAUAGUUUCUUUGGUUGAUUCAUUCAUUUGAAUAAUAAUUAGGAAACUUCAACAGAGAAAGGUGGAUCAUUUAGGAAGUUGAUUUAAAAUGCUAAAAAAAUCAAAAAAGAAUGUUGAAUUAGUAGUUUAUUGAAAAUUGA